AUGGAUAGUGCGUUUAACGAGAGUCUUGUACAAUUAGCACACAGUGUUAGGAAGCAGCCGGCUGAAUGUUCGCGGGGACCACUCUUGGCUAUACGUCUUAUCACGUUGAUGAUAAUGGUGGCUUUGUUGACGCUCCACAUGCGGUCUCUGAGGGUCUUCCGUUGGGAACAGUCGGUCUCUGGCGGGUUGCUAGUGACGUACUGUAUUGCGUCGCUGGGUCUUGCGCUUUGUGCGGGCGUUACUAAGUGUGGAGGAAUGGCGCUACAGACAUAUUUGUGUGGUGUUGGUGCAGCCCUUAUGUCAGUGAACGCAGCAAUCCUCUACCAGAGGUGGCGUUACGCUGGCGAGCUGACUCGAGUCGUGGCGGAGUUCCUUGUGGCCAUGGGAGUACCUCUACGUAGACAAGUCCUCACUAAAGUGGUGCUCAGUGCCACAGCAGCUGUUGCGCUGCUCGCUGAUCUUGUUGCAGUACCAUUGUUACCAAUGUUACGAACCGAAUAA